AUUGAUAGCUUAUGUGCAUAGAAGAGUUGGUUCAUGAGCUUAAUUCCAAUCCAAUAACAAUAGACCUUGAGGGUGAAGUUUAUUGUUGAUACAUUUACAAAUUUUUCUAAAAAUUGUUUUAACAACUAUUAAAAUAAAUCGUUUGUUAACACUAGGCAAAGAAAAAUUUCAAUAAAACUUGAUUUACUAAUCUUAAUUUAAUAUUAAAAUAUUAGAUAAUUUUUUUUAGCUGUUAAUAUAUUUUUUUUUUUUACUUUUUUUCUAAUCAGAAUUUUAAAGGAUGACCCAAACAAGAACAACCAACAGAACCUAAAUGUUUGUUGGUUGAGUUUGGAUUGGAUUCAUGUUUUUGUAAGUGGAAGAAACUUAUAGAUUCAUUAGAUCAGUUGCAGUCUUAAGUACGAGAAUAGAGCUUAAACUUCCACUUUCAAGAGAUGUACUACCAAACUACAGCUCACUUGUGACACCUAUGCUAACUUUGACAUAAAUUAUAUUGUAAUUUAUUUUUAAUUUUUUUUUUCAAAUGUACAAGGAAAAAUGAAAAGGUGCAUUAAAAAUCAUAACUUUGGGUUGUGUGUGUAUUGUCUAUGUCCUUUUGGUGGAAGAGGAAUGCUUGUCACCUACUCAUUUCCCUCUCUACUUUCAACUCCUCCAAUCCCUUCCUUCACUUCUUCUCCACCUUUCCAAAAAAAAAUUAAGUGAUUUGAUCUCUCUCUCUUUUUUUUUUUUUUCUUUUCUUUCUUCUUUCUUCUUUCUGCCUCUGUGUCUUUACAAUAACACAGAACAAAAAUGGAGGAGGAGAGGCAUAAAUGCAGGCUCUGCUCUCGAAGCUUCACCAAUGGCAGAGCAUUAGGUGGUCACAUGAAAGCCCAUUUAGCCACUUUCUCCAUUGAACAUCAAAAAACCUUCAAAUCACCAGAUCUAGAGAUGGUCUCUGUUAAUGGCUCAAUCUCCAUUGUUCAAGAUAGAGAGAGCGAGACCGAGUCAAAGAAUCCAACUAGGAGACGCUCUAAACGGACUCGGCGAUUCAACACCGAGUCGUUGCCGUCGCCGUCCCCGUCGCCGGAACCAGCUAGUUCCAUUUCCGACACCUCCCCAGAGGAAGAUGUCGCCAUCUGCCUCGUGAUGCUUUCGAUGGAAAAGCCUUCUUCCUGGAAAGAUCAAAGUCGGACGCCGGAAUCGGAAAAAUCAACGGCGGCGAUGGUGGGGAGGGUGAGGAAGAGUUUCCGAUGUGGAAAAUGCCGGAAAACUUUCCGAUCGAACAGAGCUUUGUUUGGACAUAGGAAAGUUUGCAGAAAGGAAGGGGAAGAAGAAGAUGGAGAAGAAGAAGAAGAAAAAGGGAUGGUUAAUGGAGGUAAUUGGAAGAUCUUCAAAUGUCCUUAUUGUUGUAAAGUGUUUGGGUCUGGACAAGCUUUAGGGGGACAUAAAAGAUCUCAUCUACAGGGUUCAAUUAGAACCGCCAUUGAUGGGAGUUCUAGCAAGCUUGAGAUUGGCUUGGAUCUCAAUUUGCCAGCUCCACUGGAAGAAGAUGAUUAUAGUGUAGUUUCUGAUGUUUGAUCAUUGAUGAUUUUUUUUUUUCUCUUUUCUAAAUAUUAUUUUGGUUUAUAUGCUUUACCCCAAUUCCUAUAUUUUCAACUUUGUUCAAUUGAAUCUCUGUACUUACAAA